AUGAAGAUUGAAAGGUUUGUGAAUGCGAGUCGGAAGACUUUAGUAGAAGCUCAAGUGCUUUGUCAGGACGCUAAUUCAAGAAUAUCUAAUGCAAGAUCUAGCUUCUCUCAUUGGGAGAGAUCUAUCUCUAAGAUACGUUUUUUAUUAAACUGUUUAAAGAACCAGGGUUCUUUUAUUAAAAAUUGUAUUUUAAAAGUAGGAAUAGAAGAAAAUUUAAUUGAAAAAGAAUGGACACAAUCGAUAUUAGUUGAUUUAGCUAAAGAAUUGAAAUAUUGGAAUUCUAAAAUCAAUGAACAAGUUAGGGUUUUAGAUAGCAUAGAGAAUAUAUUGGAUGAAGAUACUAAAUCUGAAAGUAAAAAUCUGGGUUAUUUUGUCUCUAGAGAUAAUUUAGACAUUUUAGAAAAACGAUUAAAGGAAAUACCAAAUGUUAAAUAUCAUAUUGACAAUAUUAGGGGACAGUACAAUACAAUGUUUAAAAAGGUAUCUAACUAUCUUAUAAACAAAAGAUUAAAAUCUGUACAGGAAUAUUUUUUAACAAAUUUUGAAAAUGAUUCGGAUGACAUAAAAAAAUUAACUACAACUUUACCAUCAAAACUUGUAUCUUUGGAACACGAUCUGGCAGAUUAUUUGAGUUCUAUUACAAACCAUUAUGAUCAAUCUAAGUUACUACAGACAUUGAAGCCAGCAGAUCCUGAUUAUACAGAUUUAUUGGAAGUUGUCAAAAAUGAUAAUUCAGAAUUAGAUGGAAUUGUGACAUUACUUCGAGAAACUGUAGAUGAAGUGGAUGAAACAUUGAAAACCUUUUUAGGUAUAUUUAAUGAAAUAGAGCUGAAACAGAAAGAGUGUAAUAAGCUUCUUUUUGGUGUAAUAGAAGAAUUCAAAAUAAAUCAUGAAUAUUUAUUAAUUUUCAAUGAUAUUUCGAGUCUGAUAGAUAACUUUAAGGAAACUUGCAUUGAAGAUAUAAACAACACUAGGAGUUUAUGUAUUUUCUACCAGAAAUUUGAAAUUGGAUACCAGAAUCUGCUUUUUGAGAUUGAGAGAAGAAAGACAGUUGCUCAAAAAAUGACAGAUAUAAUAAAGAAUUGUGAAUUGGAAUUGUCUAAAAUUAAUGAAGAAGACCAAAAGAAUAGAAGUGAGUUCUUAAAGUUAAAUGGGGAUUAUCUACCAGAAAAUAUUUGGCCUGGUAAAAUUGAUGAUUUUAGUCCAUUAUAUUCAUUGGAAUAUUCAAUUAAAGAAAUUUAG